AGUGCCUAGAAUAAAUGAAGGAAAAUAGGAUAAUAACCCACUUCUCCUCAGAAUAAUUGAUGUCAUUCCUUUCACAAACUUUAUUCAAGAACUAUUUCUGUCAAAUAUCCCCCCACAUCAUUCCACUUAUCUCCAAGUGAGGGUUUGCUAUCGACAAGGAUCAUGCUGCUAGAAGAAAGCCAAAAUUCCAGGCCUCAUCAGACUCCUAUUUGAACACUCUUUUUGCCACAUUAUAGUGUGUUUUCUCUUUUUUAUGCACUAGCAGCUUAAAAAUAAAUUUUAUUUGAAUAACGAAGUUCAGUUGCAACCUGUGUAAAUUUUUACAAGAUCACAAAAGGAACAGACAAAAGAGCAAAGGUCAAAAUGCUAAAAAUGUUAAGCUGCUGAUUUAGAUAAAGGAUUGUAAUUAUUACACAAAACAGAAGAUGUAUUUAAAAGGUAUCACCUACAGAAAUAUAUUUGAUAUUACUGACUCCAUUAUCUGAAGUUAAACAUUAUCUUAUGGAGGUUAAGCCAUAAUAUUUCAGAUGAAUGAUUAAAUAGGUUAAAAAAUAUGUAUUACUUUAAAAAGAAAGAGCAGAUUGAAGAUUGCCAUUUUGCAGAAUAUGUUUUUGUUUGUUUUUCUUUCUUCCAGAGGCUAUGUGGCCCCUCCCACCUGUUCUAUGUCCUGCCUGGUUAUUUCUUGAUGUUCUUUUUUCUACUGCAUCCAUCAUGCAUCUCUGUGCCAUUUCAGUGGAUCGUUACAUUGCCAUUAAAAAGCCAAUCCAGGCUAAUCAAUACAACUCAAGAGCUACAGCACUCAUCAAGAUUACAGUGGUGUGGUUAAUUUCAAUAGGCAUUGCCAUCCCAGUCCCUAUUAAAGGGAUAGAAGCUGAUGUGAGUAACCCAAACAACAUCACUUGUGGGCUGACAAAGGAUCGUUUCAGCAAUUUCAUGCUCUUUGGCUCACUGGCUUCCUUCUUUAUACCUCUAGUAAUCAUGAUUGUCACCUACUUUCUCACUAUCCAUGCUUUACAGAAGAAAGCUUACUUAAUCAAAAAUAAGCCACCUCAACGCCUAACAUGGCUGACUGUAUCCACAGUUUUCCAAAGGGAUAAAACACCUUGCUCUUCACCUGAAAAAGUGGCAAUGUUGGGUGGUUCUCACAAAGACAAAACUCUGUCCAACUCAAGUGAUGACAUACUUAUGCGAAGAAUGUCCACAGUUGGAAAAAAGUCAGUGCAGACCAUUUCCAAUGAACAGAGAGCCUCAAAGGUUCUAGGGAUUGUGUUUUUCCUCUUUUUGCUUAUGUGGUGCCCCUUUUUUAUUACAAAUAUAACUUCAGUUUUAUGUGAUUCCUGUAACCAGACUACUCUCAAAAUGCUCCUGGAGAUAUUUGUGUGGAUAGGCUAUGUUUCCUCAGGGGUGAAUCCUUUGGUCUACACCCUCUUUAACAAGACAUUUCGGGCUGCAUUUGGCCGAUACAUCACCUGCAAUUACCGGGCCACAAAAUCAGUAAAAACUCUCAGAAAAUGCUCCAGAAGUAUCUACUUCCGGAACCCAAUGGCAGAGAACUCUAAGUUUUUCAUGAAACAUGGAAUUCGAAAUGGAAUUAAUCCUGCCAUGUAUCAGAGCCCAAUGAGGCUCUGAAGUUCAACGAUUCAAUCUUCAUCAAUCAUUCUACUAGACACACUUCUCCUCACUGAAAAUGAUCAAAGUGACAAAAUUGAAGAGCAAGUCAGUUAUGUAUAGCAGGAAUGGCACAGUUUUCACCUAACUAAUAAUGAAGCAGAUAUAAAUGUACCAAGAAUUACACACAGAACUUCAUGUCAUAUUAUCAAAUUAUCUCUUUAAGAGUUGUGUGUUAAGAUUAUUCAAUUUUCUUUAUCUGGACAAAAAUGCCCCAUGAAAAAGAAUCAUUUUGUACAGCUGCAAAUUAAAACAAUCCAGCACUCUCAUUAAAUGUUAAGGUAUUCAAAAGAAAUAAAAUUAAAUAAAUCAUAAAUUUCA